AUGGCGACAAUACCACCAUUAAAGGAUACACGACUUCAUAUCAAGGACUUAAGGUUUGAAAGGGUUAAAGUGAGAAUUUACCAGCUAAAAACAUCAAACAGUAACCAGAGGAGGGGAAUUCUUUAUUUUCAUGGAGGAGUUGGCCAGUUUGGAAGUAUCCAGGCCUAUGAAAGAAUGUGCCGCUAUCUCUGCAGGAAGACCAACUCAGUGGUGGUGUGUGUUGGGUAUCGUUUAGCUCCCGAGCACCCAUUUCCAGCCCAGUUUGAGGACUGUCUCACUGCUGCCAUCCAUUUUCUGAGGACUGCACAAGACCACGGAGUCGACCCUUCCCGCAUUGUCAUCUGUGGAGACAGCAGUGGAGGGACACUCACUGCUGCCGUGGCCCAAGCUCUGGUGAACAGAAGAGAUCUCCCAAAGCUGAGAGCACAAAUCCUAAUAUAUCCUUUCCUGCAGUGUGUGGACUUCAAUUUGCCUUCUUAUCAGCAGAAUGAGAGAGUCCCCAUUUUGCUAAAGAGGCGAACCCUUGUUCUUGGCUUGAAGUAUGUUAAUAUGGACUUGGGCAUCAUGGAAGAAGUAUUCAAAGGUUGCCACGUUUCAGAAGAUCGGAGACUGAAAUAUCAGAAAUGGGUGGGUCCUGACUACAUCCCUCAUGAGUUUAAAACAAGAGGUUACAAACCAAGUCCAACACCUCUACCCUCCAAAGAACUCUGUGAAUUGGUCGAGUCCAUGUUUGACCCUGUUUUUUCACCGUUGUUGGCUGAAGACAGUGUUAUUGCUCAGCUUCCUGAGACUUUCAUUUUGACCUGUGAAUUUGAUGUGCUUCGAGAUGAUGGACUGCUGUACAAGAAACGAUUAGAGGACCACGGUGUGAAAGUGACCUGGUGCCAUCUGCAAGAGGGGUUCCAUGGAACACUGUUCUUAGCACUUUUUGGUAGGGUGAUAGGAUUCCGCUCUGGUGCUAAAGGCCUGGAAAAGAUAGUAAAUUUUCUAAGACUGAUGUAG